UCCGCGCGCUCGAGAGACAGAUUGAGGAGAGCGCGCAACGGUGUGCAUGACGUCUCGCGGAGCACUUUCAACCUGCUACUGACAUUAUAGAGACAGAGAUUGGGUUUAUCAUCAAAACUCACACUGUUUGAGGAUCUCGAUUAUUGGAUUUGAGUGGUACAAACAGACCGGAGGCUGCUGGAGGUUCUCAACAAACUAUUUGGGAUGAAUCGCUGUACGGCCGCUUUGCUUUUGCUGGUUAUCGCCGUUUAUUCACUCAAUACAGAGGCAUAUAAGUGCAGAUGCACAAGAAAAGGCCCGAAGAUCCGGUACAAAGAUGUGCAAAAGCUGGAGAUCAAGCCUAAACAUCCGUACUGCCAAGAAAAGAUGAUAUUUGUCACCAUGGAGAAUGUGUCCCGUUUCAAAGGUCAAGAGUAUUGCCUGCACCCCAGACUCCAGAGCACUAAGAACCUUGUCAAGUGGUUCAAAAUCUGGAAGGACAAACACAGGGUGUACGAGGCCUAAUCGUUCUACAUUAUGCACGAGGCUGAAAACAUUGUGGGAUGCACAGCACUACCAGUGAACUGUGGAUGACCAGAGGACCAAUUUUUUUAAAGCAUGACAAAGCAUAUACCCAGACAAGCUUACAAUAAAGCACACCAGUCCAUUUUAUUAAGUUAUAUUAAUGUGGAAUAAUUUAUAGUCAUACAGAAAUGUUUAUGUUGAGCCAAAUGUGCAGUUAUGGCAGAGAAAAGCGCCAUCUGUAAGAAGUGACCAUUACAUUUUGCAAUGUGUAAUGUUUUCUGAAGCAUCAGUUCUUGGUCUGAUUCAUUGUGUUGUGGCAUAUAAAGGAGUCCUGACACUAUAUUUGGAUACUGUCUGGUUUGAAACUACUGUGAUAUACUAUCCACAAGUGUCAAAGUAGAUCUUAGAGUUCUCGCAGUACAAAUGAACAGAAAUAUUGAGGAUGUGUAAAUAAUAUCUUCAGAGAGUUUACGGUGUUCUAAGCCAACAUCCAACCGGUAAAAGGAGGGAAAGUGUCUUUCUUCACAAUCAUUUUCCAAACAUUGUUUCUCAUCGAUCUGCCCAAAAGAGCUUUCUUAUGUAACUUAUUCACUUAUUACUUUGGAAUUUGGUACUUCAUGGUGAAGUAAAGGAGACAAUGCUACGUUAAAUACUAUAAACAGUUUAAAUCAUAUCAUACCUUUACUUUAUAUUUACACAUAUACUUUAUUCCUCUGUGGACAUGUACUGUCACACGACAAGCACGUGACCCUUGGGGCCUGCAGUAGGUCGUGUUUAAAAUGAAGCUUUUUAUUUAAUAUUGGCCCUCCUAUCAGCACAAUAUAUGUGCCUCCUCCUCUUUUGAGGUGUGCAGGAUUUGUAAGCUAUUGUUUUAAAUUGUUUGUUUGGUAUGACUGUGUUUUUCUUUUUGGUAAAUGGAAUGUUUCUCGUCUCUUCUUGUACAUCAGAUUGUAUGUAUAAGCACACAGAAUAGGUUCUUGUGUAUGGACCACCUUGCCUAUAGUCUAGCUCGUUCUGAAUUUAUUAGUGAAGCCUAUGUAUUGUAUCACAGAAUUGUUGUUUUACUAUUUAAAUAAUAAAUAAUAGAAAUGUUUUGAGUCUAUGUGUUUGGACUGACCCACCAAACACAACUUAAGUCCAAGGAGUGUAAUCUUCAAGCACAGCAAUAAACAUUUAAAUAAAUCA